UACAAGCAUUUCAGUGGAGUUCUUGAAUGUCAUCCUGAAAUUGAGGAGAUUAUAGUCUGGAGCGACGGAUGUGGAUCCCAAAAUCGGAAUGUAACUCUUAGCAAUAGCUACAUUGCUUUAGCUAAAAAGUACGGAGUGAAAAUUACCCAGAAAUAUCUUGUUGUUGGACACACCCAGAUGGAGGUCGACAGCAUGCAUGCCGUCAUUGAAAAACGAAUUAUUGGCAAUAUCUACACUCCACGUGACUACAUUGUCAUCAUGGAAACUGCUCGUACAAGACCAGCCCCUUAUGUUGUGAAACCGGUGUAUCAUCACGAGGUAUUGAAGCUUAAUGGCGCUUACGUUAAAAGCAUCCGACCUGGUAAGAAGGCAGGUGACCCAACAGUAUUUCAGCUGAGAGCUCUUGAAUAUAAACAGAGUGGGAAAGUGAGCUUUAAGUUGAGUUUUUCAGAUGAGUCGAGUUGGAAGGUUUUGCCACAAAGAAUGAACAACCCAACGAAACCAUUCGAGUGGGUUUGCCAUUUUGAAUCUCAACUGCCAAUCAAGUCGAGAAAGUUUAACGACCUCCAGUCAAUGAAACCUGUAUUACCACAGUGGGCACAUGGAUUUUAUGACGCGCUUCCUCACGAUAGUGAAUAA